AGGCUCGUCCGUCCCUCCCUCCGGUAGCAGCCAGACGUGCCUGGAGUCACAGGGUAAAACGCGUCGCUCCCCUCCACCCCCUCGCUCACAUUUAACCCAGCCUGCAGCCUUCCAAUUACUUCUCAGCUCGCCGGCGCAAGGGCGCCCCUUUCCAACCCGCCGCUCCAGGUAGCCGGAGAUGACAUGAGCAGCCGCCACCGCCACCGCUAACUUGACUUCGCUCGGCGCAGCCCUCGGCAUCCCCUGCUCGAGCCCGUGUGGCGGCUCCUGGGGCGGGAGGCGAUCCCGGGUCUCUCAUUGGCUUCGCCUGGAGUGGAAGGGCAGUUCCGGCCGGCCAGGUGCCAAGCAAGUCUUCGGAGAAGCCGAAAGCCCAUGGAAAGGAUCACCAGCGCUCAGCCUCCUCCUCCUCCUCCCGCUUGUCUGGGCAAGCUGGCUGCGUUCGACGGCGGGGACAUGUCCGGGUUGGACUUUGCUCACAUGUAUCAAGUUUACAAGCCCAGAAGAGGGUUAAAAAGAGGGGACGACAGUAAGGAGACUUAUAAGUUGCCUCACAGGCUGAUUGAGAAGAAAAGGCGUGAUAGGAUUAAUGAAUGCAUUGCCCAGUUGAAAGAUCUUUUACCAGAACAUCUCAAACUUACAACUUUAGGACACUUAGAAAAAGCUGUUGUUCUUGAACUUACCUUGAAGCAUGUCAAAGCAUUAACCAGUCUCAUUGAACAGCAGCAGCAGCAGAUCAUAGCUCUCCAAAAAGGUUUGCAUGCUGAUGAGCUGCCACCACGGAGUCUUGAAUCUAGCCAAGAGAUAUUUCGGUCUGGCUUCCAGAUGUGUGCCAAAGAAGUGUUACAAUACCUGGCCAAGCACGAAAAUGUCAAGGAUCUGAAAUCAUCUCAGUUCAUGAGCCACCUGCACAGAAUGGCAGAAGCUCUGCAGAGUGGAAUCAGCCGAAAGCCUGUAGACGCCACCCCAAAGCUUGCAGAUCUGAAGGAUAAAUCUCCAUCUCUGACCAAAGCUGCUGAGGCACAUGGGAAAAACUGUGUGCCUGUGAUUCAGAGGACUUUUGCCCACUCCAGUGGAGAGCAGAGUGGUAGUGACACAGACACAGACAGUGGAUAUGGGGGUGAGCUAGAAAAAAGUGACUCUAAAUCUGACCCACAGUAUUUUAAAAAGGACACGGAGCUGAAGUACACUGCCCAAGAGAGAAUCCCUUCUAUUAAACAAGAAAAUGAGGAUCCACCAGCAAAACGGACCAGGAUGGACAUGUCGGAGGAUGAAGACCAUUUUAAUAAUGUGCUUGGCUCUUCCUCCAACAGCUUCUUAGGUCCACAUCCCCACCAGUCUCCCCUUUGUUUGCCUUUUUAUGUUUUCCCUCCCUCGGCGACAGCCUACCUGCCUAUGUUGGAGAAGUGUUGGUAUCCGGCCUCUGUGCCUAUCUUGUAUCCAAGCCUCCCAACAUCCACUGCAGCACUUUCAGGAUUGAUGAACCCAGAGAGAAUGUCUUCUCCUUUGCUAUUGCCUCACCGACUCCCUUCGCCUAUACCGUCCCAUUCCCCCAUGGAUUCUACAGCUCUUCUUCAAGCUUUGAAGCAGAUGUCUCCUUUGGAUCUGGAAACCAAAGACUAAACAAGAGGCUCUCUUGUUCUGUUUGGCUGAGUUUGAAAUUAUUUUGGAUUUCUCCCCAUUCUAAACCAUGUGUGUGUGUGUGGGAGGCUACGUGCCCAAGUCCUAGAAAAGUUUUCAAAGACGCAUCCCAGUUAGCGAAAAAGAGGAGAGAGGUGUGUGUGUGAUUGUUACAUUAAAAUAAUGUUUGGAUAUGCUUUUACCUUUCAGCUAUCUGAGAGACCUUAAAUCAGCGAGGAUUAUACUUUGAAGUUGUGAAAGAAAACAAAAAGAUUAAACAGAUUUAGAGAGACUGCAGAAAGAAAAAUCUGAUGAGGGCUUUUCAGGUAAUGAUCUCCAGAAUCAAAAAUUCAUAAUUGGAUGCAAUGGCUUCUCUUGCUUUCUGGCACCACUGAUAUCUGAGAUCUUAACAUCCAGAUAGAUAAAAUUUAUUAUAGCAUAGCUAUGAAUCCUUCGGAUAGCAGUCAUUGGCUAGUAAAGCAUUCAGGGAGAUUUUGAAUCUAGUUUCUUGCCUAUUUCAGCUCAACAAAAUUUCCCUUUUCCCCAAAUGCUAUCUGAAAGUUUUGUUUAAUUUGAACUGCUUGAUAGGUACUGCUCUGAGGAGGCCAUUUUGAAAAACAGACCAUAUGCCUUUUCCUUAUUAUAAACAUUGUUUUUCUUAAUUUCUGACAAAAACCUAUUCGCUAGGAAAAGACAUUGGCUAUCAUAAUAAUUAGAUACUGGUCCACCUUUGACUAACGUAAAGUGUCAUCAGCUUGCUACUUUGACUGGGGAAUGGCUGUUACUCUUGAUCCAGGUGUGUUGUGAAGAAUCAGUAGAAUCCUAUUAUCUGCCUGGUUCUCAGUUUUUCCCCCAAGUGUUGUACUAUCUAAAAUAAUCAAAUAUAUUUUCUAUUUUAAAGUGGUUCCCUAUCUGUAGUUGAACAUAUAUAGCUUUAUUCUUGUCAAAACCAAUAUAAACUGGUAUCUAAAUCAGUACCAUAAAACACAUUAUAAUUUGACACAACAGAGGCCUUAUUUAGAAUAUUUUGAGAUAACUGGUGGUAGUCCCUCACAUGACCAUGUUGUGGAAAUCCAGAGCCAUCUCAAACCUAUCCUUUCAGCAUCUUCUUCCUAGACCUUCCUAUUUGAGUGUAGCAUUUUAUAGUAGAACCAGAGACAGUUUUCUUGGUUAUAGCAUAAACUAGACAAGUGGGAGCUGAUGAGAGAGAGAGAGAGAGAGAGAGAGAGAGAGAGAGAGAGAGAGAGAGAGAGAGAAUGUGUGUGUGUGCGUGUGUCAUAUUUCCCCACCCAUACUCAUCCAAUUGGGGCAGAACAGAAAUGCUCUAGCAAAACUAAACAAGUUUUUGGCUAGGGCAGAAAAGUAUAAGUUAGAAGAGUCCUUCCUUCUGUAUAAGUUGAGUGAAACACUUUUGAAAAGACAAUUUCCUGCCAAGGUUGGUUCUUGAAAUUGGAUUAGAGCUUGUAAGAAGCAGAUGAGCAAUAAUCUCUUGGUAAGGAGGAAGAACCUCUUCCUUAUGUGGUUAAAAAAAAGCAUGUGGUCUGAUUUUAGGAUAGAGACCAGAUAUGAUAUUCUGGGGCUUCAUCUUGCAGUAUACGAACCACAGUCACUCCCAGGGAUGAAUUGUGAGUCAUGGAUUGUGGUCUUUGCCUCCUGCUUGUCCUCUUGUUGGCUGGAGCAUGACAGUGCAAGGGAGAUGCCUGCCUUUUCCUGGAAGAUGGACAGCAGAGCAACACAGAACAAUAGAAAAAUUGCCAACAUGUAAAUUGACCCUAGAUGGAAUGAAUCUUGCAGGACUGAACAAUCCGCCAUGAUUCCGAAUAUUAAAGUUUUGAAAGAUCAGGUCAAAUGGUGGUAUUAAUAAUUUGUUUUGAAAAAUGCCGUACUGCCCUCUGAUUAUAUUAUUGCACCAACUGCUAGAAUGCACUAUGCUCAAUUACAGGUUGUGUUUGACCAUUUAUAUUUUAUUGUUGGUUUGAAAAACCACAUUUUUUGUACACAGUUGUUGCCUUUCUUUGCAAAAAUCUAUUAUAAAUGUGUACAUAUGCAUAUUCUAUGUUUCAGAAGUCUAUUUGUACAACUACUUAAGUUCAAAGAAAAUGGGAAAUAUGAAUGUAUUCCUGUUGUUGUUGUUUUUCUUUUAAAGAGGGGAAUGUCUUGUUCUUCCUCUUGGGAGAAAUAAGAGUGUUUAUAUUUUUGGAACCUUCUUGAAGGUGGGUAGAGUGUAAAUAUUUUUAUCAGAGUAAAAGUUAAGUAGUUGUUUAAAAAAAUACUUAAUAAAAUUAUUUUCCUGUGGAA